GGUCACCGUCGACGCCAUGUUGGACCGGGCAACUCUAACCGAACCUUGAGCUGGAGAAAGAAAAUGCCAGAUUCGUGUGCUGCUUGGGGAUGUAAAAACCGCCGGGCAGUCCAGACCAAAUCCCGAGGAAUUACCUUUCACAAGUUUCCUAAAGAGAACGCGUUGAGAAAGCAGUGGGAAAUCGCCUUAAAACGGAAAGGUUUUUCAGCCAGUGAGUCCUCAGUGCUGUGCAGUGAACACUUUAGGCCACAGGACCUGGACAGAACAGGUCAGACUGUCAGGGUCAGAGAUGGAGCUAAACCGUCAGUCUUCAGUUUUCCAGCUCAUCUGCAAAAGCACGUGACAGCCAGGAAAACGCAAACCUCAAUAAAGGCUGAAGAGUAUCAUUCAGUGAACACAGAGACUAAGAAACAAGAGACUAAACCUCUGCCUAACACUGAUCACUCAUAUGCAUUGCCUGCAGAUCUGCCAGGACUAAAAACCAAACUGGUGGAAGCCUUGGCUAGAGUGGAGAUUCUGGAGAGACACAUGAGGAACAUGAAGAAACGAGAACAGAGAGUAAAGAACAUGGUGCUGGCUGUACUGAAGGAUCUGGGGGGAAAGAACCUCAUGAACAAAGAACUGAAAUGCAAGCUCAGAAUCUACUUGAGGAAAAUGAAAGGUUGAACUUUGUGGGUUUCUUCUGUUUACACUAUCCUUCUUUGUUGGGAUUCUUACAGGGAAUGAGUUUGAAGUUCUGAAUCAAGAGGAAGCUCAGAUACUCUGCAGGUUUUUCAUUCUAGUAUUUGACAAAGUUCUAGUUCAUUGUACAGUUCAAUAGAUGGCAAUCCGUUUAUACGAUCGUGUGAUUUUUGAGGGAAAAGACUCCCCAGCUCAAAAUUUAUGCAGAUUAAUUUGUUUAUUUGUGAAAAUAAGCUAUGCCUGUAUUUUUAUAAUUAUUUUGUGUGUAGAGAAAUAAGUUAUGAACAAAUAUUUAGAUAAAUAAAUCAU